GGCAGCUCCCGCUAUGGCUGCACUGAGGAGGCUCUUCUGGCCACCGCCUCGACUCCCGCCUACACCCUCCCCUCAUCAUCCCUUGCCCGGGCCCUGGGGGCGGCCUGUGGGGACAGCCCCGGGCCCUCCUGGCCGGCCCUUCUCCUGCCGGGAGGAGGAGGAGGGGGCUGUGGCUGAGGCGGCGUGGAGGCGGCGGCGGCGCUGGGGGGAGCUGAGCAUCGCGGCGGCGGCCGGCGGGGGUCUGGUGGGCCUCGUGUGCUACCAGCUGUACGGGGACCCCAGGCCCGACCCCACGCGGGCGCCGACCCCUGGGCGCCCCUCCGAGAGCGCGGACGCAGAGCUGGAGGACGCGCCCCGCGGACUGGGGCUGCUUCCCAUCCCGGUCGCCGCUGCCAAGGAGACGGUUGCUAUUGGCAGAACAGACAUCGAAGACUUAGACCUCUAUGCUACGUCUCGUGAAAGGCGAUUUCGUUUGUUUGCUUCUGUAGAAUGUGAAGGGCAGUUAUUCAUGACUCCGUAUGAUUUUAUUUUGGCUGUUACAACAGAUGAGCCCAAAUUUGCUAAAACGUGGAAGUCACUUUCCAAACAGGAAUUAAAUCAAAUGCUCUCAGAAACACCACCAGUUUGGAAAGGAUCAUCAAAGCUAUUUCGAAACCUUAAAGAAAGAGGUGUGAUUUCUUACACAGAAUAUCUUUUUCUUUUGUGUAUUUUAACAAAGCCACAUGCAGGUUUUAGAAUAGCUUUCAACAUGUUCGACACUGAUGGCAAUGAGAUGGUGGAUAAAAAGGAGUUUUUGGUGCUUCAAGAGAUAUUCAGGAAAAAAAAUGAACAGAGAGAAACUAAAGGAGAUGAAGAAAAGCGUGCAAUGCUGCGUCUUCAACUUUAUGGAUACCAUUCACCUACUAAUAGUGUACUUAAAACAGAUGCUGAGGAACUUGUCUCCAGAAGCUAUUGGGAUACACUGAGACGUAACACAAGCCAAGCACUCUUUUCAGACCUCGCAGAGCGUGCUGAUGACAUUACGAGUUUAGUAGCAGAUACUACACUUCUUGUACACUUUUUUGGAAAAAAAGGAAAAGCUGAGCUCAACUUUGAAGAUUUUUAUAGAUUCAUGGAUAACCUUCAAACAGAAGUUCUAGAGAUUGAAUUCCUUUCCUACUCUAACGGGAUGAAUACUAUCAGUGAAGAAGAUUUUGCUCAUAUUCUUUUACGAUAUACAAAUGUGGAAAAUACAUCAGUAUUUUUGGAAAAUGUACGCUACAGUAUACCUGAAGAAAAGGGCAUCUCAUUUGAUGAAUUCAGGUCAUUUUUCCAGUUUUUGAACAACCUAGAAGAUUUUGCAAUAGCCUUGAAUAUGUAUAACUUUGCAAGUCGUUCUAUAGGGCAAGAUGAAUUUAAGCGUGCCGUCUAUGUAGCUACUGGCCUCAAACUUUCACCACAUUUAGUGAACACAGUCUUCAAGAUUUUUGACGUUGACAAAGAUGAUCAAUUAAGUUAUAAAGAAUUUAUUGGAAUUAUGAAAGACAGACUCCAUAGAGGAUUCCGGGGCUAUAAAACAGUUCAAAAAUAUCCCACUUUCAAAUCCUGUCUGAAGAAGGAACUUCAUAGCAGAUAAGUACUUGUAAAGCAAAGUUUAAAGGAUUAUCUACGUGACAAAUGCAAGAAGCAACAAUUUCAGAGAACAGAAGCAGGUCUGAGGUCAGAACUUGCAGAAAUGAAGGAAAAGGUGAAAUGCUAAUUACAAUCUUUUCUUGAACUGAAUUCUUGAACAUAAGACAGAUAAAAUGCAUCUUCUUAUUAACUACAAAUGUUGUGUGUUAUCAGGUUAAGCUUUUGCCUUGAUUGACUGAACUCUGCACUUUUUCAUUCCUUUCAGAAGUAUAUAGAUACUUCCAAUGACUAUAUAAGAAUGUAUUUUAAAUAUUUAAAAAUGUAUUAGAAAUUUGCCUAAUUUCAAAAUAGUGUAUGAUUCUGGACUCUAGAUCACUUAAAAAUGAACAAUGACAUAUUUUUCUUUGGUUUUAGACUGUGAACUUAUUUUAAGAAAAUGAAGAGCCUUAGAAUUGUUGAUAAAUCCUUACUAUUUAUUUUUAGUUACAUUGACAGUGUUUUGAAAAACUAAUAGAAAUUAAGAUACUAUACAAUACGAUGGUUUACGUUGUACUUUUAACUUUUAAAAGUACUUGAUAUACAUUGUUUGAAUCAUAUAAAGUUUUUCAAAAGUUUGCGUUUAUCAAAGUCAACAGAAUGUUUGGUAUUCUUUUAUGUAUACAGCGAAGAAACGUAACUGUAGAUUUUUGUCUCAGAAGAAGUCAUACAGUGAUGGCAGAAUGGUGGUAGUUGGAGCAGGAGUCACUGUCGGUGUCACGGGUUUAACGCGGUGCUGCUCCCGGUUGCAGACGGUGUAUGUCAAUAAUGCUAGUGAAACUAGUCGCUCACAACGCUGUAACUUAUUUGCUCAUUAUUAGUAAUGUCUGUAGCAUCAAAUCAAGAACUCUAAGAGACUAAUAUAAAGUGGUUUCUAGAUGUAUGUAAAUAUUAGGUAGAAAUUAAUACUUUGUUUCUUGCAAAAGGACCACCUGCAAAAGUGAUGCCAAAUAGUAAUAAUAAAUAAUUUAAUAUAAUUCAUUACUUCAACAUAAUAUCUUAAAGAAGGAAAGAAAAACUUUCUAUUAAAAAUAACAAAAUUAGAUUUUCACUUGGAGAAAAUUUGAUAGCACUUAAUGGAAUUUUGUUCAAUUAAAAAGUUUAGUUUAUGAAGGGAUACUAUACAAAGUAGAAAAAUGGAUUUAAAUUAAUAUAUUAAUGUAUUAUAUGUAGAGGAUAUGUUCAUUCAUCUUCUUUUCCAAGAUAUAUUUAAUGUAAGUGCAUACACUCCAGCUAUUGCCUUGCUUUUGCUUAUGAAAAUAAGAAAUACUUUGUUUUUGUAAGUUAUUAAAUGUGAAAUUGAUAGCUGUGCAUCAGCCUAUUUAUAAAAGUAAUACUAUUUCCAAGAAAGAUGUUAUUAGCAUUUACUAUGUAUUUGACUUUUUACAUUCUUUAUCUGAUAUUAUUUAUUACAUUGAUAUAGGAAUAUGAUUCAUAAAUUUGAAGAUUCUGUAUAGUAUAAUAAUUUCACCUUCUUUCAGUGUUGAUUCAAUUGAUAUGAAAAUGCUUAUCCACUCGUUUCACACGCCCAAGUCUAUUUUACCUUACCUAAAUGUUCUCAACAUUAUUUGCUGUCUAAAGUAAUUGAAAAAAAUGCAAUUUACUUUUAUCUUUAAUUAUGUUGUAUUAUCUUGCAGACAUGGAAAAACUGUCAUUUAGAACAGUCCUAUAAAUGUAUAUUAAAAACUAAAUCAACACAUUAAAGUUAAUUCUAAUUCUGCCAUUCUCUCGAGAAAUACUAUGUAUGC